CAUUUAAAUGAAUACUCGCGAAAAUCUUAGAUCUCAUUAUAUUGUUUUUUAUUUUACAGUAAAUAUUAAAUAUGAAAUUACAAGCCUUCGCUGUCUUUUUCGUCGUCGCAAGUGCUUUUGCACUCCCUUACGAAGGAGACAACGUUAUUGUAGUUGAAUCAAAUGAUGAGUUAAGCCAAAGGAAUCCUGUGGAAGACUCGAUCCAGAGAGCAGUCGAAAGAAUAAAAGCUGGUAUUCAAAGUGCAGGCCUAGAUCCAUUGGAAAUUCAAAGUCAAGACUUUGAAUUUAUUCCAAUAACAAUUGAUCUUGUAAUAAGGGGAUUCAUUGAAAAUCUUCAAUUCUAUGGUCUCAGUGACAUUAACAUCGAUGUCUUAGAAUACAGUUACAUCUUCAAUAGACUCCGCAUCGUCAUUUCUCUUCCAGAAAUAGGUCUAUCAAUUGGUGACUCAAACCUCGAUGCUCUGGUAAUUGGAUUCCCAAUUCAAGCUGGACUGAAGGGCAGUGCGUCUGUAAAGUCAAUCCGACUUGCUGGCGAGCUUUAUGUUAAUGUUAACAUUAUCGGCGGUAUUAGCCUUCGCAGCCUCUCACUGAAUUUCAGUCUAGGCGGUAUUGAGUCUGAUCUCGGCGUAGUUCUUCAGGGCUCUGAUCGAUCUGAAGUUGUCAACGAUUUUCUCAACAAUAGAAUUCCUAACUUUUUGGAGAACAAUAAGAACGAUAUCAACAACUUUCUUGAAACUGUUGUCAGCAUCAUUCUUAACGCUAUAUGGAGUCAGUAAGACACCUUUUUGACCACAUUUUCAAGUUAUUGUGUUAGUGGAUUGUUAUGGUCAUAAUACAAUGCUCAGUGAAGUUUAUAUAAAUUGAAUUAUUUCAAUAAUUUUACACUAUGUAACAACAAAACCGUGUUUUGUAUACAGAACAAUAAAAAUAUGUAUAUUGUUAA